AUUGCAGAAGAAUCAUUACAUAUAAAUGAUAUUGUUAUCUGAAAUCACUCGAUGUAUGUAGGUGUUUGAUAAGUGACUCGGCUUGACUUUCCAUUGACAUAAUUGAAUGGAUCUGUCAUACAUUAUGAAUCACAUAUCUGUAGUUGUGCCUCCUGAUAGACGGGUAUUGAUUUAUGUGGAGUGUUCUCACAUUGUGGGUGUGUGCAUGAUGACGGGAGGUACUGGAGCUCACAAAGGGGUUCACAGUUGCUGCUGCUACCGAUCCCACUGUUGGAUAUUUAACCAGUAAAGACAGGUAACCUUAAAGUAAAUAUUUUUGACAGAAUUAAUAACUUUUAAUAAUGGGGUUGGUUCGUGUUCUACCUUUGUAUGCAGGCACAUUUAUUGCAUGAUUCCUUCACUUAACAGGAAAACAGGAUGUUGAGAUGUAUUGCUGUCAGUCUUCAGUGAAGCUCUUUAGGUGAUUAUGAUUAUUCAGCAUGCAUGUGUCUCACUGUGUAUUUUCUCCACUCUGCAUAAGAUGACCGCUCAUGUAAAGCUCCCUGUGAAUAAUCAGGAUGGAUUGGAGCUUGAGAAAAUAGAGGACCAUGUGUGUGAUGGCAGCAUCCCUCAGACGGUGAUGGAGAAUCCACCCAGAAAGAUGACGGGCAGGUCGGUCAGUGCGGUGUGCAGACUGAGCACCAUCUCAGAACAAGACAAGCUAGACACCGAUCCCAGUCCCACUGAUCCCUUGGGUGGCAGUAAGUGGGGCGGAUCCGGCUUCUCCCUGUGUUCGGACAAGUUGAAGAACAGCAGCAGUCAUUUGUCCUCUGAUGAUUCAUACCAGCCGGGAGGUGGAGAUGACUGUGCAGGACUUCUCCUCGCCUGCCUGCAUUGUCGUUUCCAUGAGUUUAUGGUUCUCAUAUCGGAUACAUGCGAGAGGGCCGUGAAUCGCUGUUUCCCCUCAUACAAAUACAUCACAGCGUUGAGUGAAAGAGAUCAGCAGGGACAGGAAUGCUGCAAUUACAAGCUGGAGCUGGACUGCAACUGCUGUGGCUCCUGUCAGGAUGCUGGAGAACUCAUAGAGCUGGCCAUGGAGAUAUCAGAAGUCUGCUAUCGCUGAGAAAGGACUUCAAA